UCAUAAAGUGCAGGCAGGGGAAGGCAGAGGUAGGAGGACGGGAGGGAGAACCGUUAGCCGUUAGCCGUUAGCCUCCUUCUACUCCUCCUUCUUCUUCAUCGCGUGAACGUUGUUGUUGUGUUUGUUUCGUGCCCUCCUGUCCUCCCCUCUCCUCUUCUCCUCUCCUCUUCUCCUCUUCUCGUCUUUUUCCUCGUCUCAUACUUUCUCCCGAUGAGUUCCUAUUUUGUCAACUCCUCUUUCCCGGUGACGCUACCGGGAACGGGUGGAGGUGGCCAGGCGGCAGAGUCGUUCCUGGGUCAGAUCCCGCUCUACUCGUCGGGAUACGCCGCCGACCACCCGCUCAGGCACUACCCGGGGGCAGCAGCCGUUACCGCUGCCGCGGCUGUGGCAUACGGCGCGAGCGGUGGCGGCGUGCACCAGGACAAAUCGUACCCGGCGUCCACCUACUAUCAGCAGGCGGCCAACGGAGCGUACGGCGGGCACCGGGCCGCGGCGGCGGCGGCAGCAGCGGGGGUCGGUGUAGGAGGUGGAACCGGAGCCGGUGCCUGCGACUACGCCACGGCAGCGGCGGCGGCGGCGGCUGCAGCGGCGGCCACGACUUUCUACCGGGACAAGGAGCACCCGUGCAGCCUAGAGGAACACCAGCUCGCGCUGAGCCAGGAUGGCAUGCACCGUAAAGCGGAAUGCGCGGGGCUGAGUGGGAAGGGGCUGUUCGGUGAAACUAUGGACGACAAGCAAGCGGCGUCAGCCCCCAUUUAUCCGUGGAUGCAGCGGAUGAACGCGUGCAACGGAACUUUCGGUAGCCCCGGGAGGCGCGGCCGGCAGACGUACACGCGCUACCAGACCCUCGAGCUGGAGAAGGAGUUCCACUUCAACCGGUACCUCACGCGGCGGCGGCGGAUCGAGAUCGCGCACGCGCUCUGCCUCACGGAGCGGCAGAUCAAGAUCUGGUUCCAGAACCGGAGGAUGAAGUGGAAGAAGGAGAACAAGCUGAUCAACUCCUCUUCUUCCUCAUCCUCCUCCUCUUCCUCCACGGUGAACGGUGCAGAGGAAGAGGAGAAACGGACGGACUGAGAGAGGAGGGAAAAACAGAAAUAAACUGAUGUAAGAAACAUAAAAGAGGAAGAGGAGGAUGGAUGAAAAGACAAGCUGGUUAAUCCCUCCCUGUCCCUGUCCCUGUUCCUACAGACGUUUGUCUGCUGUGAAAACUCUGGGAAAAGUAGCCUUUUCUUUUUUUUUACCUGAGGAGGGAUGAGGAGAGAAAGAGGGAGCAUAGAAUUCUUUUUGAUCCCUCUUAUAUCGCUACCUACCUAAAAAAAAUUAUAUCCAACUACAGGCUGUAUUUGCCUCUGUCUGGUCUGAAAAUUAGGGGAAAAUGUGUGACAGACUCUUUAGAAGGAACCGCAGAGGAGAGAGCAGAUGGUUUGAAGAAACGGGGUGAAAAAAAGAGAAAUAGCAACAUAGAAAGGGGCUGAUGCAGUCUGUGGCAUUGUGUUUAAAAAAUACAGUAAAUAAGUAACCUAACGGAGACGACCUGUUUAAGACACAAUUUCUUGUUGCAUUCCAAUAAAACCUCCUAACUUCUUAUUGUACUUAUUUUCGUUCAAAUGUAGCUACUUCCUAUCUGUCAGGCACUUGCUUUGAAGCUUAAGAACUCGACUUCGGGUUACCCCCUCCUCACCCCCACCCCCAACCAAAAUUUAUUUUAUUUUAUUUCUAAACGUGUUGUGUGUAUCAUACUUUCAAUUAUACGUGCAAACGAGUUCAUACACACAGCGACGGAGCGAGGAGGAGCUCUCUGAGAAGUGUAUGUAUAUCAUACGGUGUUCAUAUUUAAACUGUAUAGAAAUAAGCAAAGGAAAAAUCACCGUGUAGGGUGAAAAUAAUGGAAUUGCGGGUGGGGGUAAUUUAACCUUUCGAGCUGUUUUACUUUUCCAGUGUAGACAGGGCGUGAGGGAGGGGGUGUUAACCUACUGAUGUUAUUCGCCAAACUACCUAAAUCGUUCAGGAAAGUGUAUAUUUUAUGGAUUUUUACAUUGUUUGUUUAUGUUAGUGUUUUUGUCAAGUAAUUACGUAUACUACCUAUGGGAAAUGUUCAAUAAAAUGUUAAGAAAUGA